GUUGGGCACUUAUGCGAUGUAGGACAAUCAACAAUGCUACUCCCCAGGACCUCGCUGUGACAAAAAAUAUGAGAAACUUGCUGCUUUCUUUUGAAAAAGAGGAACAUAUCAGUAGUUCUCAAGGGAGCGACUGUUCUCCGGAGAGCCAUGUACCUAGUGACUACCUGUACGACCAGGUGCUGAGACAGGAGGGAGCACAACAGUGCAGCAACGCUGAUGACUGUGUCAAGUACAUCUGUCUGGUAACUACCACCAUUAGUUCCUAUCUCGAGGCUUCCAACAUCUGGACACUGGUCUCGCUCACAAGGGGCGUGGCUCCUGCUGCGGGAAGGAUUUCAUCAUUCGUAGGAGAUUUGUCGUCACAGGCAG